AUGCCUGUUCGCUUCUGCACCUUUAUUCGUUUCGCUCGAACGGCAGUGCUCAUUGCCUCUACACUCGCGAAACUUUUCAACCCACCCACCGUCCCGAAUAAGGUGCUGUCUUAUUCCAAGGGAAUUUUGGCGUUUUUGCAAACCGCGGUCCCUGGGGUGUACGCAUCAUCCCAGGGACGAGCCAAACAAACCGAAAGAUACACAAGGAAGGUCGCAAUUCCCUUCCCGCGCUCGAGAACCCCAUUGGCAUCCGAUCGAGACAUCGGAGGGGAAAAGCGCGUCCACUGCACAUGCGCCCCCUGUGGUUUGCAAAUCAUAUUUCCGACGGCUAAGUCGUCCCCCAACCGGCUACGCCAUCCAAAGAUUGAUGUAAGCACCUUUCUUCUUUUAGGUUUCGUGUUCCUCCCCUCGACGACGCAAGCAUAA